AUGUCUGGAUACGGAUCCCACGGCUCUGGAAGCGGCGGGAGCAGAUACCGCGCUGGCUAUGAUUCCAAUUCCGACGAUAACCACACUGGUCCGUACUAUCGUGACGUGAACUUCUACGCAGCUAGUCGUCCAAGUCGCUCUACUAGUAGAACUUCGAGUUCAGACCGCCCCCAUUACGAUUAUGAAAGCGAUGAGCCUCGAGGUCGUAGCUGCACUCCAUCACCACCUCCAAGACCAGGAUGCAGCACCUAUACAAGUAGCUAUACCGGUAGCUAUAGAAGCAACGCUCGGUCGCCAUUCUCCUCCACGGCGAAUCGUGGGUACCGUACAUCCUCCCCUCCCCCAACUCGCGCUCCCUCGCCACCACGUCAAAGCCAAUCGUCAUAUUCAUCUUACUCAUCCUACUCCUCUUCCUCUCGCUCCGCACCUCCCCCUCAAUCAUCAUCCUCAGCGAGACAAAACUCUCCAGCCCCAUAUACAUAUGGAGACGAAGAGCCAGACCGUAUCCCCCACGACCCCGGUGCUUGGAAUAAUUAUUCCACCACCUCUACUCGCGAGCAACUCAUAUCUUAUUUUGUUAGCCGUGGCUAUGAUAGAGUUACUGCCGAGAGGGAAGUAGGCAAGGAGUUUGAGGCGCAUGCACCGCAGCAUCGCUCUGGGCUGGGCCCUGGUCCUUCGCGCUUUCAAGAAGCUGGAGGAAGCAGAAAUGGGGGUGGGAGUGGGAGUGGAAGAGGAAGAGACCCAGGCCCGGACAACUUCUCAGGAUAUAGGGGCCAGGGAGGGAGAGACGAUGGAAUCCGAUUUGACCAAACAUACGGAGGUCCUAGAUUCGGAGUUCCUCCGAUGCCUGGAGACUACAGGGGAUGGUAA